GAGACCCAUGGGAAGAUGGUAGAGCUGAUCAACAACCUGGACAAGGACACGGACAUGAUUCCAGUGAAUUACAUCUUCUUGAAAGCCGAGUGGGAGACACCCUUUGAUUCCAACGAUACCAUCAAGUCCAAGUUCUACUUGAGUGAAGGCCAAUCUGUGCAGGUGCCCACAAUGAAGGUGGAAGACCUGACCGUACCCUACUUGCGGGACAAGUCACUGUCCUGCACCGUGGUGGAGCUGAAGUACUUAGGCAACAUCAGCGCCCUCCUCAUCCUUCCCGACAAGGGCAAAAUGCAGAAGGUGGAAGCAAAUCUGCUCCCAGAGACCCUGGCCAGGUGGAGGAACAACCUGAAGCCCAGGUUGAUAAAUGAGCUCUACCUGCCCAAGUUUUCCAUCUCGGGCAGCUAUGAACUGCAGAGCAUUCUUCCCCAGAUGGGCAUCAGGGAAGCCUUCUCCACACAGGGUGACCUGUCAGGAAUCACCACACGUCACCAACUGAAGGUCACCCAGGUGGUGCACCGUACUCUGCUUGAUGUGGCAGAGAAAGGCACUGAAGCCACGGCCGCCACCAGAAUGAAAAUCAUGACUGUGUCUGGAAGGCUGAAACCAACAAUUCUACAAUAUGACAGGCCCUUUCUGAUGAAUAUCUACGACAUAAACAGUGACACCAUUCUCUUUUUAGCUAAAGUGGCCAAGCCCAGUCAGUCACAGAGCUCCUAA